AUGAGUGAAAAAGAGAACGAACCGGGAAGCUCCAUGCAUGGAGUUUCAGCAAAAGAACAAGCCUUUGCUUUCUCAGUCUCUUCACCCAAAAUCCCAACAGACCCCACUGCGAAUUUCGCACUACCCGUCGAUUCCGAGCACAAGGCAAAGGUCUUCAACCUUUUUUCAUUCGCCAAGCCCCACAUGCUCACUUUCCAUCUCUCUUGGCUCUCGUUUUUCACUUGCUUCGUCUCCACUUUCGCAGCAGCCCCUCUCGUCCCCAUCAUCCGGGACAACUUGAGCCUCACGAAGAGCGAUAUCGGCAAUGCCGGCAUAGCUUCCGUCUCCGGCAGCAUCUUCUCUAGGCUUGUAAUGGGAGCAGUAUGUGACCUACUAGGACCACGUUACGGUUGUGCUUUUCUCAUCAUGUUGUCGGCCCCGACAGUGUUUUGUAUGUCGUUUGUUUCGUCCGCAGGAGGGUACAUAGCUGUGAGGUUCAUGAUUGGUUUCUCACUGGCAACAUUUGUGUCGUGUCAGUAUUGGAUGAGUACCAUGUUUAACGGAAAAAUCAUCGGACUCGUCAAUGGGACCGCCGCCGGAUGGGGAAACAUGGGGGGCGGGGUAACUCAGCUUCUUAUGCCACUUGUUUUCGAGUUGAUCAAGAGAGCCGGUGCAACUCCGUUUACGGCUUGGAGGAUUGCAUUUUUCAUACCGGGAUGGUUACAUGUGAUUAUGGGGAUUUUGGUGUUGACAUUAGGCCAAGAUUUGCCUGAUGGGAACCUUGGUACUUUACAAAAGAAAGGAGACGUUCCAAAGGAUAAGUUCUCCAAGGUCCUAUGGUAUGCCAUCACGAACUACAGAACAUGGAUUUUUAUGCUUCUCUAUGGAAUGUCCUUGGGGGUUGAAUUAACCACUGAUAAUGUCAUUGCAGAGUAUUUCUUUGACAGGUUCAACCUCAAGCUGCACACAGCCGGCACCAUAGCGGCCACCUUUGGCAUGGCGAACAUUUUCGCACGCCCCGUGGGAGGAUUCUUGUCCGAUAUAGCCGCGCGUCGAUUCGGCAUGCGCAGGCGCCUCUGGAACCUUUACAUCCUCCAAACACUAGGAGGCAUAUUUUGCAUUUGUCUCGGACGAGCCAACUCUCUCGACCUUUCCAUUGUCUCCAUGAUCCUCUUCUCCGUUGGUGCACAAGCCGCUUGCGGAGCUACCUUCGGGAUCAUCCCGUUCAUCUCUCGCCGAUCCCUCGGUGUCAUCUCGGGCGUUACUGGAGCCGGAGGAAAUUUCGGGUCUGGUUUAACUCAACUGUUGUUCUUUACAAGCUCGAACUACUCAACCGCGACGGGGAUUUUCUACAUGGGGAUUAUGAUCGUGGCAUGCACUGUGCCCGUGACACUAGUGCAUUUUCCGCAAUGGGGGAGCAUGUUGUUGCCUGCUUCAAAGCAUGGCGAGAAAUGCAGUGAAGAGUAUUAUUAUGGAGGCGAGUGGAAUGAUGAGGAAAAAGAGAAAGGGUUGCACCAUGGAAGCCUCAAAUUCGCUGAGAAUAGCCGGUCGGAGAGAGGUCGGAGUGUGGCUUCUGCAACACCAAAUCCGACUUCAUUGCCUGAAGAUGUGUAGAUACAUUAAGG